AGCGGCCGCAGGCAGGGGAGGAACAAUUUCUUUGGCAGGGCAGACCACCGUCGGUAGUUAGUUCGCAUCGCUCUGGCGCGCAAAUCGGUCGUGUUUUAAAAGCUUUGCUACGCAUGCCACGCGACGGCAGCAUCUGGUCGUUCGACUAAAAAAGUGACCAAACCUGUGCGGGCACACGGUCUGCAGUGACUCACGAGGUGCAAACGGGCGAGAAAGUGGAGUGCAUUCCAAGAACAACUGGUUUUCAAACGUGCUAAUUCAGAAUGUCCACAAAUCAUCAGAAUGGCAAAGAGUCGCGAUUACCAAUGCCGGAGAGUUCUGUCGCUGCGCUUGACGCAGAGAUAAAGAACAAAUCAUGGCUGGGUACCGGCCACAGUACGCGGGAUGUGGUGUCAAUCGUGUUGGCGGAGUUCUGCGGCACCGCAUUGCUAAUGUUCUUGGGCUGCAUGUGCACUGUAACUGGCUUCGGAAAUGAACCCAACAACGUGUCCAGUGGUCUAGGGUUCGGCCUCACAGUGAUGAUGGUCAUCAUCAUAUUCGGACACGUGUCCGGUGCGCACAUCAACCCUAGCGUGUCGAUCGCCGCGCUCGUGUAUGGGCUGUUGAAUGUCCCGAUGUUGAUCCUCUACCUGAUCGCGCAAUUCCUGGGAGGUCUUUGCGGUUAUGGCAUUCUGAUGGCCGUCACCCCAAUGCAGUACUUCGUCAACGCAUUAGACACCGGGAAUGGAGCAUGCACCACCGCCCCACAUGACGACAUGGCCUUACUGCAGACAUUCGGGUUGGAGUUUUUCAUCACUGGUAUCUUGGUGUGGACGUGCUGUGGUUUGUGGGAUCCUCGGAAUCGAAAAAUGGAAGAAGCCAAUCCGCUUAAGUUCGCGCUGAUCAUUACCGGAAUAUCGAUUGCUGGGGGACCUUACACGGGGGCAAGUAUGAACCCGGCCAGAACCCUGCCUCCGGCAGUGUGGAACGGAAGCUACAAAGCCCUAUGGGUGUACUUCGUUGCUCCACCUUUGGCAGGAUUGAUAAUGCCCCUCAUUUAUAAGUAUGUCUUCCGGCGCGAGGUUCCACAAGAUGAACAAACGAUUGAACUGACAAAGGCUGCGAAUGAGCCGAACGACAUCGGUGAGAAGAAUAGAUUUUACACCCACGACGCUCCCGGCAGCAAGCCCCUCAAAGUUGUGCUGCGUGGCCUCGACGACGUGGACGAAAAGGAGCUGAAGGAAGCUCUGAUGGAAAGUGAUCUGAAGCCGACCAACCUUGAUCAGCUGUACCUGAUGCACUUAUGGGGAGGAGUAGCAAUCGCCUUACGAAGCAAUAUCGCCUGCCGUCUGCUAUCGGACUUCAAGCUCAAAAUAAUUGAAGUCGUUGGAGUGAAAGUCACCACCUCUGUCGGAUUCGUCACGUUCAUUGUGGCUUACUGUUCUCGGUGGCAUCAAGUUUAUCAUCGCCGGAGACCUGAACGUAAAGCACCGGGAAACACCCUUCAAACCCAGAACGGCGGAUGGUCCAACGACGAGGGCCAAUCGAGAGCCCGCGAGCAGAAUGUACCAAAGGCGCGUCAAACGAUGAAGAAGUCAACGCUUGACACCAUAUCGAUCCUGCUGGCGGAGCUCGUGGGGACAGCUCUUCUGGUAUUCCUAGGAUGUAUGGGCUGUGUUGGAGGACUCGGCUGGAAGCCAACCCACUUUGAGUCAUGCUUCAACUUCGGCAUUGUGGUCAUGCUUAUUAUCCAGGUCUUCGGAUGCAUCUCUGGCAGUCACAUCAACCCAUCCGUAACGGUUGCAGCAUGGGUCUACGAAAUGAUCUCCACCAAGAUGGCUAUCGGCUACUUCAUUGCCCAGUUAAUAGGAGGUUUCAUGGGCUUCGGUAUGCUUAAGAUGCUCACUCCGGCGGCUGUGUUCUCGGAAGCUCUUGAAAAGGGUGCCGGAUUCUGUGUAACCUUCCCAAAUUCUUCAAUUACGAUACUACAAGCUUUGGGCAUCGAGUUCCUUGCCACCGCCGUUCUGAUUCUGGUAUGCUGCGGAGUGUGGGAUCCUCGCAACAAGAAACUGCACGAUUCUGUCCCAAUCAAGUUCGGUCUCACCAUCGGAUGUCUGGCUACCGCUGCGGGACCCUACACUGGAGCCAGCAUGAACCCAGCCCGUUCUCUCGGACCCGUCCUGUGGAACGGCAACUGGACGGCACACUGGAUCUACUGGGUUGGACCACUGACGGCGGCUUUCACCAUUGCUUUCGUGUUCAAGACGGUAUUCAGGCGCGAGGUUCCCGAGCCAGAGUACAACCGCGAACUGACCGCACUCAAUACCGAAAAGUAAAAGAAUGCUCAGACCUCACAACCCCUCUCCCCUUCCCGGAAGUUAGAUCUUCAUCAAUAGUGCCACUGAAAUUAGAAUGCCAAAAUAAUAGCUUGGAAGCUUGGAAAAUGUCCAGUUUUAUGUUCAGAAAGAGAAAAAAGCUUGUAGGAAUUUGAAAAGUGUAGAUAGUAAUAAUUUAGAUCUUAAGAAUCUUGAGGAUGUAUGCAGGAUGUUAUAUUUUAUGAAGAGUUUAAUGAAUACGCGGAAUAAAGUUGUCGAAAUAAAGUAAAA